CCCCGCUCCGCCCCCGCCGCCGCCGCGCCCGCAGCGCUGCUCGCGGCACCACGAUGCGCGGGGAGCCGGGGCUGCGGGGCCUCGCCGCGCUGCUGCUGCUGCCGCUGCUGCUGCCGGGCACCGCCACCGCUCAGCGCUGGCGAAACGAGAACUAUGAGAGGCCUGUGGACCUGGAAGGCUCUGGGGACGAUGACCCCUUUGGGGAUGAUGAGCUGGACGAUGUCUACUCAGGCUCUGGCUCAGGGUAUUUCGAGCAGGAGUCGGGGCUUGAGACGGCAGUUAGCCUCACCACGGACACGUCCAUCACGCUCCCCACCACGGCGGCCGUGCUGCCCAUCACCUCGGUGCAGCCCGUGGCAACCCCCUUUGAACCAUUCCCUGCUGAGGACACCACCCCUGAGCAGACAACCAGCAUCUUGUAUAUCCCCAGGGUGACAGAGACACCAGUGAUCCCCAGUUGGAAAGCAACUACCACCAGUACCACUGCCAGUGACACCCCCACCACCACGACAACGACAACGACCACCACAGCCACCACCACCACUGCCACCACCACCACCAGCACCACUAUGGCCACUGCCAAGCCCACCACCAUCCGAAGGUUCCUGCCCCCCUUGGUCACCAAGGCAGCCACCACUCGGGCAACCACCCUGGAGACACCCACCACCUCCGUCCUCGAAACCAGCACACCAACAGAGGUGGCCACAUCACGGCUUGUCCCCACCAGCACAGCUAAGCCCAGGUCCCUGCCAAAGCCAAGCACCACCAGGACUGCAGAGCUCACAGAAAAAAGCACUGCCUUGCCAUCCCGUCCUACCACGCUGCCGCCAACAGAAGCCCCCCAGAUGGAGCCGGGGGAGGUGACGACAGUCCUCAACAACGAGCUGGAGGUCCCAGUCAGCAGCGGCCCCAGUGGGGACUUUGAGAUCCAAGAGGAGGAAGAGACAACCCGUCCUGAGCUCGGUAACGAGGUGAUGGCUGUGGUGACGCCGCCAUCAGGACCUGGGCUGGGCAAGAACGCGGAGACGGGGCUGAUCGACAACACAAUAGACUCCGGUAACUCGGCCGCUCAGCUCCCCCAGAAAAACAUCCUGGAGAGGAAAGAAGUAUUGAUAGCGGUGAUUGUGGGCGGUGUGGUGGGAGCCCUCUUCGCUGCCUUCCUGGUCAUGCUGCUCAUCUACCGGAUGAAGAAGAAGGACGAGGGCAGUUACACGCUGGAGGAGCCCAAGCAAGCCAACGUGACGUAUCAGAAGCCUGACAAGCAGGAGGAGUUUUACGCAUAGAAGGAGAGCCUGGCGUGCCUCACGCUCCCUCCCUCCCUGCUCCAAACUCUCCUUCCUUCUCUACUUCAUCCAAUCUUUCUCUUUCUCUCUCUCUCUUUCUCUCUCUCUCUGUUUUUGGAUCAGACUGUGAAUUUAAAAAGCAAAACCUGCAAAAACUAAAGGAGAAACAUCUUCGGCAUCAUGAAAAAUCAAGUGCCCAGAGCAUCGCUGAGUUCAGACCAAGCACCGCUGGCCUUUCUGCAGCGGGAGGGAUGGGGCAAGGAGCCAAUGCCAAGGAACCCACGCCCUGGCAAGUGCGGGACAGGGCAGUCGGGCUGCCGACGACGCCUGGAGGUCACUGGGCUUUUCCCACCAACACAACAGACUCUGGGAUCCAGACACCUUCUACCAGCCCUGGGGCACAGGGGGGUUGGUUUGGAUUUAUCUUCCUUCCCCCCUCCUCCCCUUUGGAAAGGAGGGAGGUUUCUUUCCCUCUCUCUUGUUUUUAUUUUUUGUUUUCUUUUUGAAUGGGGUCGGUUACUUUGCAGGAAUUACCUUGCUCCCUGCUUCUCUUCGAAGAGAGGAUGCGACUCUCGAAUACACUUCGAACCUUGAAAAAAGCACAAGGGGCUGGAAUACCUGAUACCCCAGGGUUUGCUCUUGGAGUGAGGAAGAAGAAAUAAAUACAAACAUGGCCAGUAUGCUGGAAAUGAUCUCUGUAGAUCAACUUCUCAGAGAGUUUGUGGAGCAGCAAGAAGCUGCAUUGGGGCAUCUCAUCUGCUCCCCUCCUGCCACCACCUCGCUUCACUGCCUCGCUGUGCUCAGCCAGAGACCUUAAAUCUAUAGAAACUGUGUGUCACUGGCCGCUGAGGGGUUUGGUUGAGAAGGGACCUUGCUUUUGCUGGGUUUUCACUGUGACCAAUAAAACUCAGCUUGCGCAGUUCGACUGACAGCACUGGUUUGAAAACGGAGCGGGAUGUUGCUUGGUAGGGAGUUUGCAGGGAGAGGAGUUGGAAAUGGAGAUGCUAAACCCUCUCCCCAGUUCCUCCAGAGGGGAUAACAAGGCUCCACAAGGCAUGACACACAGCAUAAGGAAAGAAAUGCAAAGCAGAGGCAAUGCUCUGUCCCCUCGGGCCUGGGCACCCAGAAGGUGAGGGAGGUGAGGCAGCGUGGUGGCUUUCCACUGAUCAGCCCCAGGGCAGGUUGGCUGCUACAUGUCUUUUGCAAGAUCCAGGACUGAUGGUUUGUGUUUCUUUUAUUGUUGCCUAAAUUCCAGUAUAAGCCACAGGACGCCCAGGAGCCUGAGAGCAAUAGAUCCUGGAAGCAUCAUCACCCAAGUGCAGUGGUUUCCCCUCUGAGGCUACCUAAGGUGCAGAGCGGCAGAGCCUGAGCCAGACCCCAAUGGUGCCUUCUAGAAAGGCUAGGGUUUUUUUUUCCAGUUAGCUCUCUGCACAGAAAAGUCAGAUAUUUCAAUGAGUUGGCUUUUAAUUAGGUGAAGCGCUGCUUGCAAUGCAGUCAAGGAGCUUUGUUAUCGUGAUGGUUGUGAUCUUGAUGGUGUCCCGUGGAGACCUUGGCUUUGCUUUUAGAGCAAUUUAAACAGGAGAACAGAAGAAAAUGAGUUCCUUGGACUCUGUUGUAUCAUGAAUUAACCUGCACAGACACAGUGACACUUUGUCCCCUCAGGGUGUUGGUAGAUAUAGGGAUUCACGACCGUGGUAGAGGCUACAAGGCAGCAGCGCUUCUUUAGGGUAGGGAAAUGAGAGGCCAAACACAUAUUUUCUAUAUGUAUAUAUAUAUACACACUCACAUACAUACACAGUUAUAUAUAUAUGAAAUGGAUUCCCUGUAAAUUUUCAUUGCACUGCAUAUGAUGGCUGGAUGGGACUUUGUGGUUGGGAAGAUGUGAGGUUUGGGCUCCACUCCCUUCAGGUGUGUGAUGCAGGGAAUGUGACCCAGAAUGCUGACUGGGUUUUAAUUCAGGGUAGGGAGCAGAGGCCCUGUGCACAGGCCAGCUCUAAAAUCCUCCUUUUAGAGAUGUCAGCCUGAAAAUUGCCAUCAUUUUGAUUCUUUUACUUUGGAGAAGACAGUCCUGUUCGACGUCUUGGAUGGUGAUGGUGAAAGGUAGAUGGUGUAGAGCGUGUGUGUACAUGCGUGCACGUGUGUGCCUGUGCCCAUUUCUUGGGUCCAUUCUGGCUGUGGAGGAUGAGGAUGCUGUGAAAACCACACAUCUGAAGAAGGCUGAUGCCAACCUGGCUCCAAGGACCACUUGUUCCAAAGAGAGGGUUUUGACUCAUGGGAUUGAUGGGGUUUUGGUCUCGUUAGGACUACACGAAGGGCUCUGUCUGUUUGGGAGUGGCAAAAAAUCAAGCCUCUUCUUGAUUUAAUGAGUUGGGCACAGUAAGUAUCAAGGCCACCUAAAAUCACCAUAUUCUGGAAAAACAUGCACUUAAUCUUUUGAGCUUGCAUUAAAAAACCCUCCCAGCUUAAUCUUUUAAAUGCUGCUUUUCUUAGCUGCUUCUCUAAUCUUCUUCCUUCCAUUUUUUCCUCAUUUAAUGGUCUGAAGUUCUAUAAUACAAUUUUUUUUAUUCACUCAAGCUUAACCUCGGUUCACUCAGCUGGUGUUAAAGUUGUAAUCCUGGCACUUAAAUCUGUUACAGUUUCUGAAGCGAGGAAGGGUGGAAGUGGGAGGGCGAGAGGAGGCUGGGCAGCGCUUUCUCUUGCAGUAAUUAAAAGCAUGAGCCGAUCACAUGCAGAAAAAGAAGGGGAAGGCAAUUAAAGUGGUACUCAGAAUUGACCAAAGUCUUAAUUCAUUGUAUGUCUGCUGCUGCCACGUGUUUGCUGUAUUGCUCUCUGCUUGGAGAGGGGACAUCAGCUCAAGGAGAUUGGCUUUUGGACUUGGAGCCCACUUUUUUCUGGUGAUAAAUCAUGAUGGAGCCUUUCUUGUCACCUCAGCUCCCCAGGAGCGCUGGGUUGGGUGUUGGAGGUGAUGCUUGCAGGAAAAAAAGCCUUGUCAUGCUGGAGGCUCAUCUUGUGCUUCCCUUGUAGUGUAGAGGAUGGUGGGAUGGAGAUGAAACAGGCUGUGGAUGUUCUGGGAAAGCCAAAAAGUAGAUACAAUGGGGUCCUUAUUAGCAGGGCAAUGGGGAUGGGUAAAACCCCAAUCGAACUCAGAUGAGUGAUGCUGCCAGGAGGUUGUGGUGGUGGUGGGCUGCAGCGUGGCUGUCCCCAAGGCUGUGCAUGAUGUCAUGUGAAUGUGGUGUGUUGUGGCUCUUGGCCCCAUGCUGGGCAAUGGUGCCGAGGGCAACCAGAGGUGGGCGGUGGGCAGCUGGGUGCAAGCUCCUUCCUCAAGCAAAUGCUUCGGCAUGGAUAUAUGCACCUUGCCGUUCUUUGGGGCUUUUGAGGGGUCCCUGGUGUGAAGAUGGAUGGGGAAGGAACAAAAGCAUCUUUUCUCAGCUGUUGAUUUGGCUGCAGGGCAAGUUUCCCGGAAAUCUAACUCUAAUGGUAGCCUGAGCUUCUCCAGCAUCAUCUCCUCCCAAAGCCUGUCAGGUGUGGCAUCGGCAUCCUCUGCACAAACUGAGCGCUUUCCCAGCCUGUACGCAUCCUUUGUAGCCAUCUCACUUACAGAUGGCUGCACUGUCCCAGCUGUGCCCAGAUGUGCUUGUCCUUCCAGCUGUGCACCCUGAGGGCACGGGCAGCAGUGUGUGCAUAAAGAAGGGCUUCUCCACUUGCUUUUCCAUUUCUUUUCUGCAUGCCUGUGUGUGUGUGGAUGAUGCACCGAAGGAAGACUCUUUGCCAUGCGAGUUCCAUAGGUUUAGGAGCCUAGUGACUACAAGGUGUGGAAGAUGGUGCUGGCUCCUCUCCCAGCCUUGCUGGGUCUCAGUCUCUGUCCCUGCAGUGAUUUGCAGCAGCUGAUGUCUCAGAGGAGAAUGAUAAAGUGACCAAUAACUCCUGGGACACGUGGAUAAGGAGGAGGCAGGAGGAGGGCUUCAAAGGGAGGAGAGGACUAGAAAAUGUGUGUGGAAGCCCAAAUGACGGCUGGAACAGGAGGGUGGGAAGGGCAGGAGAUGGAGUUGGAUCCAGCCCUGGGCAGGUCUUGCAGGGCUAGGAGAGAGUUGUCCCUUCCCUCCAAAAAUCUCUGAUUUUUGGCCUUCACAAAUAAACCACAGGACCAUGCACCCAGGCAGAGUCCCACUGCAGGGAAGGUAACGGUGCUGGGCUGGAUGCGUGCCCUGGUGUGCUGGUUUGCCUCUAAAUAUCCCAUUCCCUCCCCAUUGUGCCCGAUGGGUGCUGAAGAUCCCUGUGCAGGAGCUUUGCUUAUUGCGAGCCUUGGCUCCUGCU